AUGUCUAAUACCUCUGGUGUGAUUACGGCUCUUCCAGCGCCUGAGGGGUAUAUUGUCGACUUUGAGAACCCGCAGAGACGGGAUGUGGUCGAAACGUAUGUGGUCGUCGGUAUCGGCAUGUUUCUAGCGCUUCUGUUCUUGCUUCAGCGUUUGUAUGUCAAGGUGGUCAUUCGUAAGAAGUUUGGACUUGAUGAUGUGCUGCUCCUUUUUGGAUGGAAAAAGGUUUUCACGGUCGCUAUCCAGGCAUUGAUGAUAAAGGCUGCCCUGGAAGGAUAUGUUGGGGUUCAUGGCUGGGAGAUUCCAAUUGAGAAGUUCAAAGACUUCACGUUCUUCCAAGACGCUGACAGCCAACAGUGGAACAGCUACAUCAAUCCGAUUGUUUACGCGAUCCCACCAGGAGCCUGCAAGAUGGUCAUCCUGUUGUUCUUCCUCGAGCUCAACAACAACGCCAAAUGGUUUAAAUGGUCUGUCUACAUCACGAUGUUCGUGGUAGUGGGUUCCAGCUUGAGCAUCCUCUUCAGCUCCAUCUUCCCCUGCAACCCGAUCCCAUCCGCAUACGACCUCGUCACCGACGGCGAAUGCAUCGAUCGAGUCGCGACGUUCAAGGCAACUGCGGCAUUCGGAGUCAUAACAGAUGUCAUGAUCAUCUGCAUCCCGGUACCGAUGGUCUUGUCUCUGCACAUCUCAACACGGAAGAAAGUUGGCCUGCUAGCCUUAUUCGGCAUUGGUUCAGUGACUGUCAUCACCUCUGUGGUCCGUUUAUACCUUUUGAUCACCAUUCUGGCCGACGCCGAUCAGACGUGGGGCGGAAUUUUCAUCAACAUCUGGGUGUAA